AUGAAAACGUUCAUCGCUCUCGCCGCCAUUUGGGCUUUGACGGUCGCUGGCCCCUUGCCUUUGGUGCAGGUUAUUGUUAACGUUAACACACCAGAUUUCGUUGACACCGAUGUCGCUGAUGAAGGAAUCGUUGAAGAGCCAAUCGUUCCCGGACCCCUGCCUGAACCUGUAGAACUUCCAGAGCCUGUAUUACCGGAAAUCAUACCUGCACCCAUUGAGUUACCCGAGGCUGUACUACCUGAAAUCAUGCCUGCACCCAUUGAGUUGCCCGAGGCUGUACUACCUGAAAUCAUGCCUGCACCCAUUGAGUUGCCUGAGGCUGUACUACCUGAAAUCAUGCCUUCACCCAUUGAGUUGCCCGAGCCUGUACUACCUGAAAUCAUGCCUGCACCAAUAGAGCUGCCAGAACCUGUAUUACCUGAGAUCAUCCCCAGUCCGGUUGAGCUGCCCGAAGCUGUUCUACCUGAAAUUAUUCCCGAGCCAGUAGUCGUGCCUGGAAUUAUUUUACACUAG